CGGCAGCGGCGGCCAUGGCGGCGGCGGCGGCGGGUCCGUGUCCCGGCCCCGGCCCCGGGCCCGGCCCCGGCGCCGCCCGCACCAAGAAGAAGCAGAAGCGCUUCGUGCCGCAGCGGGUGAAGCUGCCGCGGGCCGCGGACCCGCUGCUGGCCGUGCUGGCCUGGGGGGUCACGCACCAGAUCAACGAGCUGAGCCAGGUGCCGCUGCCCGUGAUGCUGCUGCCCGAUGAUUUCAAAGCCAGCUCCAAAAUCAAGGUCAACAACCACCUGUUCAACAGGGAGAACCUGCCCAGCCACUUCAAGUUCAAGGAGUACUGCCCGCAGGUGUUCCGCAACCUGCGCGAGCGCUUCGGCGUCGACGACCAGGACUACCAGGUGUCCCUGGCGCGCAGCCCCCCGCGCUGGGCGGGCAGUGGGCACCGCCUGCUGCUCUCGGCCGACCGGACGCUGGUGCUGAAGGAGCUGUCGAGCGAGGACGUGGCCGACGUGCACGGGCUGCUGGCACACUACCACCAGUACGUGGUGCAGUGCCACGGGCAGACGCUGCUGCCGCGGUUCCUGGGCAUGUACCGGGUCAGCGUGGACAGCGAGGACACGUACCUGCUGGUCAUGAGGAACCUCUUCAGCCACCGCCUGCCCGUGCACAGGAAGUACGACCUCAAGGGCUCCCUGGUGGACCGAGAGGCCAGUGACAAGGAGAAGGGCAAGGAGCUGCCCACCCUGAAGGACGUGGAUUUCCUCAACAAGAACGAGAAGGUGUUCGUGGAGGAGGAGCAGCAGCGCGAGUUCAUGGACAAGCUCAAGAGGGACGUGGAGUUCCUGGUGCAGCAGAAGCUGAUGGACUACAGCCUGCUGCUGGGCAUCCACGAGGUGGAGCGGGGCGAGCAGGAGGAGGAGGAGGAGCUGGAGGAAGAGGAGCUCGGCGGGGGGGGCGAUGAGGGGGGGCUGGGGGGUCCCUAUGGCACCUCCCCGGAGGGGCUGGGGGGGCUCCUCAACUCCUACCGGCCCCUGGGCCCCGGAGAGUUCGACCCCGGCGUGGACGUGUACGCGCUGCGCGGGGCCGAGGGAGCCCCCCGGCGCGAGGUUUAUUUCAUGGGGCUCAUCGAUGUCCUCACCCAGUACGACGCCCGCAAGAAGGCGGCACACGCGGCCAAGACCGUCAAACACGGGGCCGGAGCCGAGAUCUCCACGGUGCACCCCGAGCAAUACGCCAAGCGCUUCCUCGACUUCAUCACCAACAUCUUCGCCUGAGGGGGGGCCCAGCGCCCCCCCCGUGGGACCAAACCCCCCCCCCCAAGGGGUGCUGCCCCCCCCCCCAACACCCCCACAGCCCCCCCCGCAGUGGGGCUCCACUGCUCAAGUGCCUUAACUUUAUCCAAAGGGGUCUGGGGGGGCUCGGCCCCAGCACGGGGGGGGUCUGGGGUGCCCCCCCAUCCUGCACAAGGGGCUCUGGGACCCUUCUGCUCCCUCCCCAAGCUGGGAGGGGUCAAACACUACUUGCCCCAUGGGGGAGGGAAAGGGGACCCCCACUCAUGAUUGGGGGUGCAGCCCCCACCCCUGUUCCAAAUGGGGCUGGGGGCCACUCCCUGCCCUUCUCCAUGUGGGACCUGUGGGGGCUGCAGCUCCCCCCACUUUACUGCAAUUCCCGGGGGGCAGGGGAGGACCCCGGCCCGGUGGGACCCCCGGGGGGGCGGGGCCUGCUGGGCUGACCCCCCUGUUCCCCAUUUGUGGGGGCCUGUGUGCCCCCCCACCCCAUUUAUGGGGCUCCUUCCCUCGCUCUGUUCUGAGAAAUAAAUUAUUGAACCGGC